UACGCUACCAGAUCCCUUAAUCAACUUGAUUCCAAACCGAUAUUAUUUGCUAAAAAUAGUGUUUUAACAUUUAUUAUUAUUAUACAUUAAUGAUUGCAUUUUGUUUUUCUCUUACUCUGUCUUUCCUAACAUAAUAUUUUUAUUCUCCCACUGUCAAUUUCCUUCCUAUAUUCUUCUAUUAUUUUCCUUUUUUAAAUCAAUCUAUUAUGCUCAUAUAAGGCUGUCAUUUCGGCGUCAAUCUUCUUCCUUACCUUAUUUUUUUCAAUUUAUAAUAAAUUAAAUUUCUGUGUAUUAAAAAGCUUCUCUGUUGUGUAUUAAAAAGCUUCUUCUUCUCCUUCUCUCUUUCUCUGUGUUUGGUUACACUUGGCACGUAAGGUUCUUGCCUUUAUAGCUUUUUAUCAUCCGACAGCUUCAUUACAAAUAAAGAUGUCAGGUGCAUUAAUCUUGGUGUUGGCGUUAACCAGUUUGAUUCCGGUUUACGCAAAGACUCACGGCGCCGGAAGAAUAUGCGACGAACUUGGGGGGAGGUCGUUGAGUACGAGACCGCACAGCGUCUCAAUCGCAGAGUUUGGAGCGGUUGGAGAUGGCAAAACGCUCAACACUCUCGCGUUUCAAAACGCAGUUUUCUAUCUUAUGUCAUUCGCCGACAAAGGUGGGGCCCAGCUCUACGUCCCUCCCGGAAAAUGGCUCACCGGGAGUUUCAGCCUCACCAGCCAUCUCACUCUCUUUCUCGAAAACGGCGCCGUUAUAGUUGCUUCUCAGGAUCCAUCGCAUUGGGGAGUUGUUGAACCAUUACCAUCAUAUGGACGAGGGAUUGAUUUGCCUGGGAAGCGAUACAAGAGUUUGAUAAGCGGUCAUAUGCUACAUGAUGUUAUUAUAACAGGUGAUAAUGGUACUAUAGAUGGUCAAGGAUUGGUUUGGUGGGAUCGGUUUACUUCUCAUUCCUUAAAGUACAACCGUCCUCACCUCGUUGAGUUUAUUUCUUCCCAAGAUAUAACUAUCUCGAAUGUCACGUUUUUGAACGCACCGUGUUAUACAGUCCAUGCAAUAUACUCUAGCCAUGUAUAUAUUGAUAAGAUAUUGGCUCAUUCUUCUCCUGGAUCUCCUUAUACAAUCGGCAUUGUACCAGAUUCUUCUGAUAAUGUGUGCAUCCAAAACUCUACCAUCAACAUGGGGUACGACGCGAUUUCACUCAAAAGCGGUUGGGAUGAAUAUGGAAUCUCCUACUCACGUCCUACUGAAAACGUUCAUAUAAGAAACGUCAACCUUCAAGCAGCUUCUGGUUCAUCUAUCUCCUUUGGUAGUGAAAUGUCAGGUGGAAUAUCUCAUGUCGUGGUCGAUAACGCCUUUAUACGCAACUCACUAACCGGCAUUGCCUUUAGAACCACUAAAGGAAGAGGCGGUUACAUCAGAGAGAUCGAUGUUUCGAAUAUCGAUAUGUGGAGGAUAGGUACUGCUAUUGUGGCUAAUGGUAGCUUUGGUUCUCAUCCGGAUGAUAAGUUUGACGCAAAUGCUCUUCCCAUAGUUAAUGGCAUUAGAUUAAGCAACGUUUCUGGAGUAGAUAUCGGCGUUGCGGGGGAGUUGUUUGGGAUCAAAGAGUCUCCGUUUAGGUCAGUGGCUUUAUACAAUGUUUCUUUGUUGAUGAGCUCUGGUUCUUCUUCUUCUGAUGGUUCUUGGAGUUGCUCCUAUGUGUAUGGGUCUUCUAAGCUCGUGACACCUGAACCGUGUCCCGAGCUUAUGAGAGUUAAUAAUGGUUAUGGUAGAGCUACAUUCUAAAAAAGAAACAAGGGGAUUCUUUCUAGGACUCAUUCAUAUUGGUGAAGUUAGAAAAGGUCAGAUUCUUUUUUCACCUCAAAUAAACCAACAUGAUCUGACCUCAGACCAUGCAUGUUCCUUUCAGUCCGUUUUUGUUUUUAAUUUGUUUUGCAUAUUGUGAGAUGACAAAGUCUGUACAGGUUCAUUUUUUUUUAAUACAAUGUGUAAUCAAAGAAAUUUUGUUUUUUU